UGUUUCACUUACCGCGCAAUUUUAACGUUUAGGAACAACAAUGUGCACCAAUAAUAGAAGAAUAGAGAGAGAUAGUAAAUAUGUGUGUAAUUGACGUUGUUAAUUUGGCGUGUUUUUGUGUAAAUCAAUUUUUUUAAAUAUGAGACCAGUUAAGCGUGGUGUUUUCAUUGUUUUGGAAGGAUGUGAUCGUAGUGGAAAAUCGUCACAAAGCCGGUUGUUGCAUGAAUUUCUAUGCAGCCGCGGCAUCGAAGCAAAACAUAUGCAUUUCCCGGAUCGCUCUACGGAAAUUGGUAGCACAAUAAAUUCAUACUUGAAAAAUUCCAAAGAAUUGACUGACCAGGUAAUACAUCUGCUGUUUUCUGCCAAUCGAUGGGAGUUUGUAAAACAAAUAGAGGAUUUACUCAAAGCGGGUACUUCCUUGAUUGUGGAUAGAUAUUCAUAUUCCGGUGUGGCAUACAGUGUUGCAAAAGGCAUGGAUUACAAUUGGUGCAUGGCGCCAGAGAAAGGGCUCAUACGACCAGAUGCUGUGUUCUACCUAAAAGCACCAAUUGAGCACCUAAUGGAACGUGGCGAUUUUGGCGGCGAAAGAUAUGAAAAGAAAGAUUUUCAAUCAAAAGUAGCCAGUGUAUUCAAUCGCAUGUGUGAGGAGCAAAAGGAGUUCUGGCAUACAAUCGAUGCAACACAGCCGAAAGCAGUAGUAUUCGAGAAUCUUAGCUCAAAAGCAAUACAAAUUUUUGAGAACGCCAAAUAUGAACCAUUGAGUUUUCUCUAACCAAUUGUGCUAUAAUUUCAUGAUGUUAACAGGUAUUUGAUAAGCAGAAAACCAGUAUGUACUUAAAAGUUCUCGAAAUAAUCACAUAAUCAUAAUCACAUAUUCACAUUUUAAAUGUACAGUGACACAUAUUUCUCGGAUAUAUUAAUGUUUUAAGUCGAAAAUGUUUAAAAGCUGUUUUUUCUUUACACGUGUCGUAUUCUGUGUUAAAGAUCGUUAUAAUAUGACUCACUGAAUGUAUUAAGUCAAUAUUGACGUAAUGGUUCGAUACUAUGUACAAAUACUAAAAUAAAAUAGAAUUAAAAACUAAAAGUUAUUGUAAUACUAUCGAGGAAUUGGCAAAUUAAAGUAUGACAUUUUUUUUAAGCAGUACACAAAAUUAUUAUUUUAAAUCAACAGUUUUGAAAUGUGAGUAGAAACGAUUUCAUUUACAAAUUCUAAAAAAUAAUUUUGUUCAACUAACAGUUGUUUGUAAAAUUGAAAUCGAAUGAAUAUAAAGAGUGUCUUUUGAAGAUGUCUGAUUAUUAAGAAGAAAUAAAAGGCACAUAAUUUAAUGUUAUGUGUUCAAAAAAUAACAGGAAUUUUUAAAUUUUCCAUUAUCCAAAAAUCCACUUGUCACAUUGUUUUUAUCUUUUAUUAGGUUCACAUGCAUACAGACCUGGCUCUUAAGUACGAUAAAAAUUGUAGCAGCCGCUAAGGUUAGAAGUUAACAUCUCGACCUUAUUGACCCAGCAUUUGAGACUGAGCAUUUGAAAUGCGAAAAUGGUCAUUUAAAAAUUGUUUCAUGCGGUUUUUAGAUAUCGAAUUGUAUCUCAGUAUACAUAUGUGACUUCGAGAUAACUUUAUAGCGUACAUCGAUUUAAUUGAGAUCGCUUCAGAUUUUGCCGUAACCUCAAUAUAUUAUAUAUACAUAAUUUGAUGAUUUUCGACCGUUCGGUUAGUUAGUUAGUUAGUUAGUAGGUAAGUUCUAGUCUAUGAUAAGCCAAGGCAUAAACAAGACGAACUGUCAAAUUUCUAGAGAAAUUGUAAACAAAGCCUCCAUCUUCUUUCGUUCAUGACGUCAUCCAUAUAUUUUAAUGUCAAACGCGCUCCGAAAUAACUAACUAACUAAGAAACUGUCGUCUCUCAUCAAACAUUGUGAUAUCAAAAAAGCGCGCCAUAAGUCACUCAUUAUAUCCGUUGCUGUUGUUGUUGUUGUUGUAAUGGCAUGAAACAUGCCCCAAAUAAUUUUGAGUAAUGCUGUCGAUUUGACAGUCUUUGGGCGCAUAAAAAUCCAAGUCCGUUUCGUUUACGUAGAACAGACUGUCGUGGGAACGGGACCCGUUUAGACUAGAACUUACCGAUCCUAACAGCUCUUGGUCGGAUCUGAAAAUAUGAGUCAAUCCUGGUGCAUCGUAGAACCUGCUGUUGUGGGAAUCCGUUCUGCAGUGUCGUACGAUGGACAAUUACGAAAAGCCAUGAGCAUUUUUUGAAGCGUUCGGGAGGAAGGUUCUCAUAAAGAA